AUGUUGCCAUCUGAUCAUCAACCCAACAACAACAACAACAACUCUUCAGCCAACAACGACAAGGCUUUAUCAACAUCUGCUACAACGACUGGGUCUCAAGGCAGUAACACUUCUCGCAUUACUCAAGAAGCCAUUCAAAACGUUGCUAAAUAUCUUCCCGGAGGAGAUACUAAGAGAGCGGAACAAGAGAUUGUCAAGGAUCGAAAGUUUUGGAAUCAUCAACCUGUUCCCAAGAUUUAUGAAAAGAUUGACCAACUCGGAGAAAUUGAAACCAAGACUGUGGAUCAAGUUCAAGCCACUCCAUACACUCUUCCAAAAGGCUAUGAAUGGUAUGAUUUAGAUGUCAAUUCAGAGGAAGAUAUUUCCAAACUUUAUUCUCUAUUGGAGGGCAAUUACGUUGAAGAUGAUGAUGCCAUGUUUCGUUUUGCCUACACGAAAGAAUUUCUUAGAUGGGCACUUGCUCCACCUGGAUAUAGAAGAGAUUGGCAUUGUGUGGUGAGAGUGGAAUCCUCAAAAACAUUUGUUGGAUUUAUUGCUGCCAUUCCCAUGUUGAUUGGAUUGAGACAUGAAUUUAAACAUGAGAAUGCUUCAAGUACUACUACUACUACAACUACUACUACUGAGACUGCUACUACUCCUACUUCAUCAAAUGCCACUGAGACUAUCACCAAAACUAAUGAAAAAUUUGAAAAAAAUGUCAAAAUGGUUGAAAUUAACUUUUUAUGUGUUCACAAAAAGUUAAGAGAAAAGAGAUUGACACCUCUCUUGAUUGGUGAAAUUACUAGACGUGUGAAUUUAACCAAUGUAUGGCAAGCCAUUUACACUGCUGGUGUGAUUAUUCCACGUCCCAUCAGUAAGGCAAGAUAUUAUCAUCGUUCAUUGAAUCCAGAAAAACUGAUUGAUAUCAAAUUUAGUUCAAUUCCACCAUUUGCUAAGAGUUUCCAAAAUCCAUUGGAAGUGACUAAAAAGUAUUACAAGAUGAAUGUUAAAGAAAGAUUACCAAAUAUGCGUCCAUUACGUAAGAAGGAUUGUACUCAAAUCACUAAAUUAUUGAACGAGUAUUUAAGUCAAUUCAAAGUAGCACCAAUAUUCACAAAAGAAGAAGUGAUUCAUUGGUUUGUUGGAAGAGAAGGUGUUAUUUACUCAUUUGUGAUUACUGCUCCUGACAAUGAUGAAAAGAUUCUUGAUUUUAUUUCAUUCUAUUCUCUUCCAAGUACAAUUAUUGGUAAUCCAAAGCAUCAAGUAUUGAAAGCAGCCUAUCUCUAUUUUUAUACAUGUUUGAAUACCAAUGUUGAAUCUCUCAUGAAGAGUGCACUCAUUGAGGCUCAAAAUAGAGAUUUUGAUGUCUUUAAUUGUGUGAAUAUUAUGGACAAUCAACAAUUUUUGGACAAGUUAAAAUUUGGUACUGGAGAUGGUUAUUUGUAUUAUUAUUUAUUUAAUUACAAAUUCCCAGACUUGCAACCUCAAGAAGUUGGUUUGACCAUGCUUUAA